AUGAACAGGGGGGGGUCGGCGCUGCUGGACAGGAGGAGGGGGCUGCUCCGCCUGCUGCUCCUGAUCCUCCUGCGAAGCUGUCGCCUCCUCGAUUUCAACCAAGUGCAGGCCUCGGAGAUAUUUGGACUCCUUGGUAAAAAUAUCACGCUUGUGCCACCGUUUAAGUUUACGGGCGGCCUUAUCCUGUGGUGGAAGGAUAAGGAUGUAAUCCUCGAUUGGACUUCCUCAGACACUACGCCUGUUUUUGAAGGCAUCUUAAGGGAAAGGGCAUCAUUGGAUACAUCCUCGGGAAGCUUGACGAUCCCCAAUUUAAAAUCCAAAGAUCAAGGGCUGUAUAAAGUGGCAUUUCCAGAAUCCGGCAAAGCAGCAAAUUGGAGCCUUCUGGUCGUCCGAUCCCUCCCCGAGCCGACCAUGAACUGCAUUUUUGCCAACCGCACCGUGGUGGUGAGGUGCCAGCUUCCCGAAGUCUUCCAUUUCCGGCUGACUUCCCACUGGGAAGCCGAACCCCCGCGGGAAAACCUCAGGGAAUGGCAGGUGGAAUUCUCAGAAGAGGAGGCGUUGGAGGUGGAGAGGCUCCAGUGCAUCGUGAGCAAUCCCCGCUCCACCAACCGGUCCUCGAUUUUACCUCCGGCCUGCAUCGUGGCCGAAAGUUUUCCAAGGCACAGGUUCGUCCUGAUUAUAAUUCCCGUGUUCCUGGUGGCGUGCUUAACCUUGGGAAUUCUGUAUCUUCAAAGAAAGAGGUCCGCCGCAUGGAGAGGGUCGCCCAGCACAUCAAAAUCUGCUGGAGACAUUGGACAACCUGCUGUGCUCUGAAGGGGAGAAAAGAGGAAGCCUCUAAGACUCAGUUGAAAGAGCCC